GAAAAGAUUCUCCACGCGCAGCCGCAGACUUGCAUAUUUCAGUAGUCCUUUAGGGCUGUUCCACAAUAGAGUAAAGAUUUUAUAACUCUUUCUGAUGGUAGCAAAUGACCUUCUAACUCCUAACUUCCCCUUCUGUGGAUGUGGUCCUCACUUCCCUUUAAGGAAACAACCCUGAACUUCUAUCGAACAAAAAUCCUUGUGAUUAAACUCUGCUUCUUGUUUGGUCAGAUUUAGACUUGCUUUCACUGGUUUUUUUGCAAGGAUCUCCAGAUUUACAAAAGCAAUUUUUGUUGACGAUGUUUCUCCAAGCUGGGCCAUAUUGGAUUUUCGGAUACAAGCAUUAACAAUCCUUCCUGGAAGUUCCUCUUUUUGUUUUACAUUUUUUUCUGUUCUUUUUUUGUUUCAAUCGGAUCAUGAUACAGUGUACAAUUGGGAUUUAAUAGGUUCUGUUAGAUGCAAAUUUGAAGCAAGUGCAAUAUGGAGGAUGGUGGCUUUAAAACUGAUUCUGUCUCUCGGAACUUACCAGGCGCUGCAAUGGAUUUGGAUUUCAUGGAUGAACUCUUGUAUGAUGGAUGCUGGUUAACCACUGAUGGAUUGAACAUUUCACAGCCAGGCCUGUCUUCUUCCACUGUUCCAAAUGACUCUUCACAAUAUUUUCCUUUUGUGGAUACAAACCUUCAUCAGCAAAUAAACCAAGAUGGAAUGGAAAAUAACUUUCCUGAAAACCCACCUCUUAGUAAUCCCAAAGUGGAGCAACUUGCUGACGAUGAAUCUCAAGACCAUAAAUCUGUCAAAAUUACAACAUCUUCAGUAUCUGCAGGUUUUCCUAAUGAAGGCAGUGAAUUGAGCAGAAGCUUUUGGAUUGAACCAAGGGCAGAUCCAGGACCAACUUCUUCAGUAAAAGUGAGAUUAAUGCAUGCUAUUCGGAGGUUGAAAGAAUGCACAAAAGAUAGGGAAGUCCUUGUUCAGAUAUGGGUACCAACAAAGAAAGAAGGCAAACAUGUCCUUACGACUACUGACCAGCCAUGCUUUGUCAGUCUAAAGAGUGAAAGUCUUGCAAGAUAUAGAUAUGUUUCAGAAAACUAUCAUUUCCCUGUUGAGGGGGAUUCAAAAGAGUCACUUGGGUUGCCUGGUCGGGUUUUCUUGGGGAAAUUGCCGGAGUCGACUCCAGACGUUCGCUUCUUUAGAAAUGACGAGUACCCACGCAAAACUUAUGCAAAGCAGUAUAAUAUUAGUGGUUCUCUUGCAGUUCCAGUCUUUGAAAGGGGUACUGGCACUUGCUUGGGGGUUGUUGAGGUUAUAACAACCACCCGAUAUAUUAAUUACCGUUCAGAGCUAGAAACUAUCUGCAAAGCUCUUGAGGCUUUUGAUCUAAGGAGUUCUCAAGACUUCUGCCCUCCUAGUGUAAAGGCUUGUAAAGAGUUUUGCCAAGCAGCUGUUCCAGAGAUAUCUGAGAUUUUGGGAUCUGUAUGUGAAACACACAAGUUACCUUUAGCUUUGACAUGGGCCCGAUGUUUUCAGCAAGGGAAAGGCGGUUGUCGCCAUUUUGAUGAGAAGUUUGCUAAUUGUAUUUCCACUGUGGAUUCUGCUUGCUUUGUAGAUGAUAGAGAAUGUUUAGUAUUCCAUGCGGCAUGCUCUGAACAAUUCCUUUCUCUUGGUCAAGGGAUUGUUGGGAGAGCUUUUGUAACAAACAAACAGUGUUUUGCAAGUGAUGUAACUGCCUUUUCUAAGACAGAUUAUCCUCUAUCUCACCAUGCUAAGGUGCUUGGUUUGCAUGCUGCUGUUGCAAUUCCUUUGCGGAGCACCCAUGAUGGAUCAGCUGAUUUUGUCUUGGAGCUAUUCUUGCCAAAAGACUGCCGGGAUCCUGAAGAACAUAAGCAAAUGCAGGAACUGUUGCCCAUUGCCAUACAACAAGCUUGUCGGAGUUUACAAGUAGUCAUGGACAAGGAGCUAGAAGGUAAUAGAAGCUGGCAAAUGGCUAUUGCUUCAAAUGAAAUAAAUAAUAAACAAGAAACGCAUAUAUUUGCAGCUUCUUCAUUGAAUGAACCUUAUCCCCUGGGUUCAUCCUGGUUUGCCCAGAUGUUGGAGGCUCAGCAGAAAGGUAAACGUGUCUGUGUUUCAUGGGACAAUCCAGAAGAACCAAAAGAAGAAUUUAAGGUAGCAACUCAUUGGGAUGAAGGUCUAGAAAAAUUAUAUGAAGGGCAGGUUUUUGCAGAAUCUGGACAACUUCAGCAAAAUUCUGGACGCAAAGAUAGUACUGAGGGUGGCAACAAUUCUUCUUUUGCCGGGCAGCAGUCAUUAGGCAGCAGAAAGACAGGUGAGAAGAGACGGACCAAGACAGAGAAGACAAUCAGCUUGGAAGUUCUUCGACAGUACUUUGCAGGGAGCCUUAAAGAUGCUGCUAAGAGUAUUGGCGUUUGCCCCACCACUUUGAAAAGGAUAUGCAGGCAACACGGUAUCUCCCGCUGGCCUUCUCGAAAGCUUAAGAAGGUUGGCCACUCAUUAAAGAAACUCCAACUUGUGAUUGACUCCGUCCAAGGUGCUGAAGGAGCCAUUCAGAUUGGUUCCUUUUACAACACUUUUCCAGAAUUGACCUCUCCAAGUUUUUGCAGAAAACCUUCAUUAAUGAUGAAUGAAAAUCUGAAGCCCUUAAACCCUCAGCCUGAGAGUGGCACAUCAAAUGCUGGGGCCACUGCUUCGAAAUCCCCAUCCUCAUCCUGUAGUCAAAGCUCUGGAUCAAGCAUCUCAUGUUCUACUGGAGCAAAGGAGCAUACAAUCACCAACAAUACUUCGAACACCGAGGAUGCCUUAGCAGUAGAAGACCCAGGAGGUGUUCUCAAAAGAACACUUAGUGAUGCAGAAUUACAUGCCUUGUAUCGUGAGGAACCCAAACCUCUUGCCAGAUCCCAAAGCCAUAAAAUACUGGGGGAUCAACCAAGUCUUGAUCAGAUUCUGCCCCCCUUGGGAAAAGGAAGUGGCAAGAAUUUACGAGAAAAUGGUGCUUUUAGAGUUAAAGCCAACUUUGGAGAAGACAAAGUCCGGUUCAGCUUGCAGCCAAGUUGGUGUUUCAAAGACUUGCAGCAAGAGCUUGCAAAGCGAUUCAAUAUAAGUGAUGUCUGCAAAAUUGACCUCAAGUAUUUGGAUGAUGAUCAUGAAUGGGUUCUUCUGACUUGUGAUGCUGAUCUCGAGGAGUGUAAAGACAUAUACAGAUUGACACAGAGCCAGACCAUCAAAUUAUCUGUCCAUCAAGCUUCUCAGAACCUCCGAUAGUUGUUGUGGGGUUAAGGCAACAUCAUAUGUGAUGACUCUUGGUUUAAUAUUGUAGGGUCUAGCAACUUGUAAAAUGGAAGGAGAUUCCAACUGGGAAUCCUUUCAGUUUAUUGUUUACAUGACAGCUAUUGAAUCUUGUUUUAUAAUUCAGUGGCUAUUUAGAAGGAAAUAAAGAUACGAAAAUGGAAACCAUCGGGUCAGAAGUCCAAUGGCUGCGCACAAAUCCUGUAAUUAGAUCCGUAGCACUGGACUCUUUAGCGUAAGAGAUGGUUUGGUGCUUUACUUUGUAUGAUGAUAUUGAUGGUUAUGGAUGGUAGCUUGGAGAGUCGCUAAUGCUGGAGAAAAGAGAAAUAAAUAAGGAAAUAAGUUAGUAAGGUAGUUUAUCGUUU